CAAGGAUUCAGAGUGAGGUUGUGCAUUGUCAGAUUCGUGAGCAUAGUGUCCUGCUAAAGAAAGCCACUGUGGAUGGUUGCAUGUAUGCAGUCGAUGACUAUGUUCUUGUGUCGGGAACAAGGUUUGAUCCUGUGUUUGGUUUAAUAAUUGCCAUUGUGAAAAACAUCUCUGCAGAAAUAUUUCUGUUAAGUGUGUUCGUUCAGCAUGCUUGCCAGGUCUCUCGUUGUAUGUGUUGCAAAGUUCAGCUUGCACAACAGAACUCCUAUGCCCUUUUGAGCUGCUAGACAGGACAGCUUACCAGCCCUACGCUUUCAAUGGUGCCACUGUUAUUAGACUGAACUUUUCAUUUCCUGAAACGCUGUGAGCACUAUCAGGCUGGUUUUGCAUGCUCAAUUGUGUAUCGAAAUUCUGUUGUUAUACCUCACUGUGAAGUUUGUUAUAAAAGUUGAAUGAAAAAGCAUGCCUUGCAAUAGCAAAAAAAAGUUUGCCUUGUUGAUAGGGCUUCAUAUAGUAUUUUAGUCCUACAUUGUUUUACUGCAGACACUCGAUAUACAGCAAAGCCACUCAGUAUGGUACUUUAUACAGUAGAACCGUGUUACAGUGCAGUUGUUGAUACAGGGAAGACCUUCACUAUAUUGGUAUCUUCACUACAGCUUUAGUUCACCAUUUUGCUUUUCUGUGACUACGAUUAAGCUUUGCCAUGCACAGUGGGUUCUAAAGGAGUGCAAGUUUGCUACUUGUUGAAAUGUAGUGCCCAUAUUUACAGAAAGUUCUUACUGUAGAAAGAAUGGUGAAUGCUAAUUCCAAGCAAUCCUGUUAAUGCACAAAUCGUUAUUCAAGGUGACCAGACAAUGGCAAAAAUCGCUUGCAAAAGGAAAGCUUUCUCGGCCCCAUAUUUGCAGGCUAUCAUUGCAUGUAUGGAUUCUGCCACCAUUUCUGUAAUAGGAAAGCAUAGUUACCACUCUGAUGGGACUUCAAAGUUCAAAGCAGCCAGUGUGUGCAUUCAGGCAUAAAUUGUAAAUUGAAAUGGUUCGCUGAAAUAACCAUGGAAACAGUCCACUAUGCCACUUAUUAAAAUUUGGAGUGGCGAUCAAGUGGUGAAAAAGGUGGCUCAUGCUACCACUUUAGCAGAGGUGCUUGUUCAGGCAAAAGAAAAAGGAGUCUGCAGUUCUCCAAAUGCAAAGGUUUUCUUGAGAGACUGGACUCAGUUAGAUGAAGACAUCUUCAAGGACGUAUUGGAAGAACUUCCACUUGAAGAGAGAGUAUUCAUUGUGGCGGAAGUAAUUCCACCAAUUCCAGUUGACCAGGCUGUUCCAGGCAGCUCCGGGCUAGAUGAUCUAGUGGAAACCUUCCACAGUGCAAACACUCAAUUUAAGCUUGAAAUUGAUAGAUUGCCAGUAAGUGUGCAAACUGCCCUUGAAGCUAACGGACCUCUUCCUCCAAGAGAGAGGAGGGAAUUGGUGAGGUCCACUGUUGACCAGCUAACAAAAUUCUGUUCGAGGCCAAGGCGGGAACUCAUCAAGUCUGUAGCUUCAGCCAUAGUGCUGAAAUUUCCCAGCGCACUGCAAGACAAGGCAAUAGGUGGCCACCUCCUCGGUAGAGGUUACGACUCUCUUUUCCAACAACUGGAAAACAGAGUCGAGAACAUCUACCGAGGAAAGCAGCCAGCCUCGCCUUCUAACGAGAGAAAACACCAAAGAAGCAAAAAAUGGUCCUAUGGAUGCAUUGAUUGGCAACCGCGAAGAAAUUUGGAGCAUCCACAGGACAUUGAAGAAAAAAUUAAUUUCUUGAAGCAGGAGGGUAGGAAGAGCUUGAAAGAUGUCAAUGUGCCUGUGGCACUUUUAUAUAUGGGGGAAACAUAUCCGGAACAGAGAAACUUUGUAAACAGUGAUCCAUUCCCAACCACAACCCAAGUGAAGGAAGAGUGGCCUCUUCUAUUCAAAAGGCCAUUUUUCUACCAACAUUCUGACAAGCUCCUUGGAAAGGAUGUAAAGGCUGUGUUUGAGGAAAACAUGGCAGCAUGUGCACCGCUGCUGCAUAAGCACUUGGCACCUGUGCUGAAGAAGGACACCAUGUACUUGAUUUUUCAAGUUGAAGAACAACAAAAAAGAGAGCAAGUUCUGCAGGCUGUAGACGUGGCCGAGUGCUUCGUCGGCAUUGCUCUCUGCAUCAAAAAACCGCUGCGCGAUGGCAAGGCCCGCAGCUACAUCAGCAGCCGCAGGUUGUGGCUCACUUAG